AUGGCUCACAAGGCAUCGGAGCAGGAGGUAUGCCAGUCAGUGCUCGAUUUUGUCACAGAGGGUACCUAUCCAACGUCUGAGAAUGUCAUUGUCGCGGAAUUUCCAGCAUCUGCUCUCGCGAAGGAGUUAGAGCUCUUAUCAAAGGCCAGAGAACAAGUAGAAACGGAGAUCACCGCGCUAAGUCAAGACAACGACUUCGAUGCCGAUGGGUGGAUCUCGCAAGCAAAACAGCUCCAUGCAGACAUUGAGCGAUCCAGGGUGACUGCGAGGGAGAUUGUCGCGCAGCAUGAAAAUACGAACCCUUUGCAACUGAAAGUCGAAGAUGCCGCCGCCAAGGUUCAAUUAAUUGAAACUGAAAUCGCCUUCAAUCAGGCUGUGACGCAUACACUUGAGGAGGUACAAAGACUGUGUCAGCGACUUGAUGCCGGGCGAGCCGUCCUCGGAGAAGGCCGGGUAAUGGAAGCAAUCAAGACAUUAGAGGCCACUGAGCAGGCCAUAAAGAAAGAUAAUCUUUUCUCAAACACAAGCGUCAUGCAUGUGUUGUUAGAGAAUGUCGACGAACUGCGACGAGAGAUUGCCGAGUACCUCCGUGCUCGGUGGAGCGAGCAGCUGAACGUUGACGGAAAGGGAGGUAGCUUGACAAUCUCGAAUGAUAAUGGACAUACAUUGGAAGAAACUAUCGCAGCUUUGGUCCACCUCGGCAUGGCCGCAUCGUGUCAGGAGAGGUUCGAGAAGGACCUUAUUUCCACCCUUUUUGAGCCUAUUCUACUACCUGCGGUUGAAGGAUAUAGUCGUGGUAUCAAGAUGGAGCAGUCCUCAAUUCGGGUAGAAUCCGAAUCAUCCAAAGCUUCGGUCUCUGAGCUUUUGGAUCGCAUUGCCACCGUCUUGGGCUUCCUGCGCCAACACCUUCCUGCGGCAAUCUCAGACUCUUUUUCUGGCUCGCUGAUUCCUACGCUCUCAUCAAAAGUCAUAUCGUGUUGGUUGUCGUCUGCCAUACCCACAGAUUUGGAGGGCCUAGAUACGUUCGAGAGUACCUUGAACUAUGUCCUAAAGUUCGCAAAUGCGAUCGAAAUGUUUGGGUGGCAUGGCCACGAAGAACUUGUGUCUUGGGUUAACCAAGCCCCUCGUCUGUGGCUUACCAGACGUCGAGUCGAUUCUUUGGACCGGGUUCGCAAGGUUCUGGCUGCAAGCCAAGGUGUCACAAAGCAAGUAGAACGUGUUGAAAAAGAGGAAGUUUCCGGUAAAGAUGAGGUUCUACUGGAUAAUACGGCCGAUGACUGGGAUGCUAGCUGGGAUGACGACAAUGAACAUGAAUCUACGGGAAAGCAUUCUGGAAAUAAAGAGGACGAAGAUGUCAGCGCAUGGGGAUUGGAUGACGAUAGCGAAGCUAACAUAACUGAAACGAAACCCGAUAUAUCUGUUGAGGAUGACGCUGCCGAUGCUUGGGGCUGGGGAGAUGAAGAUGAGGAAGAAAACCCCCAAUAUUCGCAGACUAAGAGCACAAAUGGGGACAAAUCAGUCAAUGGGAAAGAUUCAGCACAUCAUGCCUCUCCACGGGAGGUCACGUUAAAAGAGCAGUACACGGUAACUGACAUUCCUGAUUCUAUCCUGUGCAUUAUUCAGCAGCAAAUCAAAGACUCUGAAGCUAUAUCAAAGCCUGUACAUUCCCAUUCCCGUGUUGUUUCCUCUGGUGCUGGUCUACUUGCGCUUCCGACCUUGAUACUCGCCAUGUUCAAGGCAACGGCGUCAUCCUUUUACGGUCUUAAACUUCAUUCGGGCCAAAUGUACUUAUACAACGACAGUCUAUAUCUUGCCGAUAAAGUGCGCAAUCUUUCGGAGGAGCAUCGGCUCUCUAGGCUUCAUGCCGAUAUCGAUGCGCUCGAGAAGUUUGGCAAAUUCGCUUAUAGUAAGGAGAUGCGGACGCAACGCACUAUUGUCACAGAUCUGCUCGAUGGUGCGCAAGGCUUCAACCAAUGCUCUGAGCAACCAUUCCGGGGGGAAUGUGAAAAUGCAGUUAGUGCUGUCGUCGACAGGAUUCGUGACGUCUACAAGGAAUGGGAACCGAUCUUGUCACAUUCUGCACUUCUUCAGUCUGUCGGUUCUCUAGUUUCGACAGUUAUAAACAAAAUCAUCAUCGAGGUUGAGGAUUUAGGUGAUAUAUCGGAGGCUCAGUCCCAACAGCUCGUGCUGUUUUGCAACAAAGUUUCCGAACUUGAGGAUCUAUUCGUGCCAGAGACGACGGACGAGGGUGCACGUGUACCAAUGACCGCCGUCUACGUGCGAGACUGGCUUAAAUUCCAGUAUCUCAUCAACAUUUUAGAGAGCUCCUUAGCCGACAUCAAGUUCCUCUGGCUGGAAGGAGAACUGCGCCUGGAAUUUUCGCCCGAAGAGGUGGUAGAUCUGAUCGAGGCUCUUUUUGCUGAGUCUGACUACCGGCGGAAAGCUAUUGCAGAGAUUCGGCGAUUCAAGAUGAGCGAGGAGUUAAAUUCUUCUUCGGCUGCGGCCUCUGCGCAGAGGCAGGUUCGUGUGCAGCUUACUAGCAAACAAGAAGAUAUUGCCCUACCUGAGAACACCGGCCCGAUUCUCGUUCCCACAGGUCUUCGAAGAUAUGCACUUUCGACGUUAGUGAACAAUCUUCUUGGCAACGACAAGCCAAUCCCAUUCGAAUUUCUCAUCAACGGGUCGUUCCUCCGAACUUCGAUCGAUGAAUACCUGACUGCCAAUGGUAUCUCUGCGGAAACCACUCUCGAAAUUGAAUACGUGAGGGCCUUGAUCCCGCCUCUGCAUAUUGCAUCAUUCGAGCACGACGACUGGGUAAGCUCAGUUGAUGUGCUUUCGACAACUUCGCCCGCGGCUUCUUGGGCCUCUGCGCCGAUUGACCAGGGCCAGGAGAGGAUCCUUUCUGGUAGCUAUGAUGGCCUGCUUCGAAUUUGGGAUAUGUCAUCUCAGAUAGUUGCGACCUCGCCAUCUGCCGCCGGUGGUGGUCACACUGCGUCCAUUAAAGCUGCCAAGUUUAUUUCCCCAAAUUCGAUCAUGUCAGCGGGUCUCGACCGGACAGUGCGUCUGUGGAAGUAUUCUGAGGAUGGCGAUGGUUUCUCUGGCAAGCUGGCUCCUCAGCUUGAACUGUAUGGGCACAAAGGCCCUGUGAACUCUUUGGCUGUGUAUGCACCCUCAAGUCGCGUUCUUUCUGCCUCAUCAGACCACAGUGUAGGCCUCUGGUCGACUAAGAAAUCAGAUGCGCCAGCCGCUCCCGAAAAUCUGCUCCCGUCUGCCGCCAUGAAGAGCUCCAAGAGGAGAAAGCUGAAUUCGGCCGUGAGCACCCCGCAACGAGGGCCUCUGGCACUUUUGUCCUCCCACAGUGCACCCGUGUCAGCUGCAAUCUUCGAUUCCAACGACUCUACUGUUGGUUAUUCUGCUUCUUGGGACCAUUCUCUGCGUACCUGGGAUCUUGUCACUGCCUCUCUGGUAGAUACCCGGACAACUGCUCACUCGCUGCUUUCUCUUGAGCAUCUUCCGGAGCACCACCUCCUUGCUGCAGGCACAUCCGCUCGUCAUAUCACUCUUGUCGACCCUCGGGCAUCAGCGACGACAAUCGCAGCUAUGACUCUGCGAGGCCACACAAAUGCCGUCGUUUCCUUGGCUCGUGACCCCAAGAGCUCUUACGGUCUUAUCAGUGGAAGUCAUGAUGGCACAUGUCGGAUUUGGGAUAUCCGGGCCACGAAAACAGAUAAAGAUGGCGUGGUUGGUGAAAGCGUUUAUUCCAUCUCCCGCAAGAGUCUGGAAGAGCAAAGCAAAUCCGAGGCCAAGCGUGUCGGUGGAGAGGGUGUCAAAGUUUUCGGUGUAGCCUGGGAUGGGAUAGUCGGCAUUGUCAGUGCUGGAGAGGACAAGAGGAUUCAAAUUAACAGGGGUGAAGGCGUCUUAUCUUCUGUGUAA